AUGUCCAUGUCCACCCGCUCCGCCUGGCGAGCUUUGCACUACAGUGCGAAGCGCCGUGCCUUCCAGCCUUACACCCCGUACCGCUGUUUCUCCUGCGCCAACCGCGCCCAGGAGCAGACCAAGCCCGGCAAUGAUCGCAUGACACACUUUGGGUUUACCAAUGUUCCCGAGUCAGAGAAGGAGACGCGAGUUGGCGCCGUCUUCAGCUCCGUAGCAGCCUCCUACGACCGCAUGAACGACCUAAUGUCACUUGGCAUCCACCGUCUCUGGAAAGACCACUUCGUGCGAUCCCUCAACCCAGGCUCAUGCCUGCCCGCCCUUACUGCCGACAAGCCCGGCUGGAACAUCCUGGACAUCGCCGGCGGGACCGGUGACAUCGCGUUCCGCAUGUUGGACCACGCCACGCACAUCAACCACGACAUGGAGACCCGCGUGACUAUCAGUGAUAUCAAUGCUGACAUGCUGGCUGAGGGCCGCAAGCGCUCCCUCGACACACCGUACUACAACACUAAGCGAUUGGACUUCGUCGAAGCGAACGCCGAGCACAUGCCCCAUAUCCCGGACGCCUCGGUGGAUCUUUACACUGUUGUUUUCGGUAUCCGAAACUUCACGGAUAAGCAGGCUGCGCUGAAUGAGGCGUACCGCGUGCUCAAGCCUGGUGGUGUUUUUGCUUGCAUGGAGUUCAGUAAGGUCGAUAACCCCAUUCUUGACGGAAUCUACAAGCGCUGGAAUUUCAGUGCUAUCCCGCUUAUUGGGCAGGUUGUCGCGGGUGACCGUGAUAGCUACCAGUAUCUUGUUGAGAGCAUUGAGCGCUUCCCUAGUCAGGAAGAGUUCAGGGGCAUGAUUCAGAAGGCUGGAUUUAUGAUUCCUGGACAGGGCUUUGAGAACCUUACUGGUGGUAUUGCUGCUAUCCACAAGGGAAUCAAGCCUAUUGUCAAGGCUUAA